GGAAAGUGAUGUUGAGAGUAUGGGAGGCACCACCAAGCUUUCCGAGGAGAGAUAUUUAAACUCCCAGUAUUUGGAGCUACCCAACUGGACGUGUCUGCAAUAUAAAGAGGCUAUAUCUGCAUUGGAUGUUUUAUUUAAGGCUAAGACAAGCAGAAAAUGCUCUAGGUGUGAAAAGAAAAAUCCCAAAAUCACCUGUCCCAGUGUUGGGUUGUUUCACGCGGAAAUGGCAAAUCAUUCUAUUCGAGCAAAUGUUAUUCUUGGAAUGGAGCUGGACGCACCGUCCGAUGAUGAAGAAUCACCUGGAGCUGUGGAUAAUGGAACAUCGAGUUCGGCUAAGGGUUCAGUUUGAAGCAAAGAAGGAUCUGCACCUCCUGCUGAAUACAAUAAGCAAAAGAAUCCCUGUAAUAGAGAACU